AAAAAGAUCUUCACUAGAAUGAAUAUUUGAAAUUUACGUCUAUCUGCGUGACACAAAAGCAAAACAACUACAAAAGAAGAACAACAAAAAAAUAAAUACAAACAGAGUCAGUUCAUAUGACUCUCAGUUACAUUUUGAUGGUCGAAGUGUUCUGAUUGAAAUUAAUUUUAUAAUUUAUAAUUAUGAAGUUGUACGAUCCUGAGAAAAAGAUUUGGAGUGGUGCCAAGUACGAUGUGAUUUACAAUUCUAAUGUGAACUUAGGAUACUUGAUACUCAAUGUUCUGAAGAAAACUCCUGACAUGGUGACCCAAGUGUCAGCUGAUACCGACGCAGAAAUGACUUGUCGUGAGAUGCGUUUAAGAACGAUGAAAAUUGCUUCUUAUCUGAUGGAAACUAACUUGAAACAAGGAGAUGUUGUUGGAGUCAUUGCAGCAAAUAGUGAAAAUUUAGCGCCAGUUGUGUUUGCUUGCUUAUUACUCGGAUUACCAAUUAACUUCUUAUCACCUGUCAUGAAUGAACACGACAUCAUAUUUAUGUACUCAAAGACGAAACCAAAAGCGAUUUUUUGCGAUGGAAACAUCGCGAAAAACGUUCAAGGUGCCAUCGAUAAGAUGACAAUUAAGCCGGUUAUCUUCACGUUAAUGACAAAAGUUGCGGGUCUACAAUUCAUCGACGACUGGAUUCUUGUUGAUUUUGAUGAAAAAAAUUUCGUCUUCCCAAACACUAAGCACGUGGACACACUAACAGCUGUUAUCUUGUGUUCAUCGGGCACAACAGGCCUGCCAAAAGGUGUUUGUCAUUCACACUCUCAAUUAAUUGAGAGAAUGCUUCCGGCAUGGAAUCUUAGAGAGUGUAAUUAUGAAGUUUUAUUUAACUUCUCAUCACUUUAUUGGAUGAGUGGAUUGUGGUUCGUUCUUGUUGGAACGCUUUACAAUUUGAAGAGAAUCAUAACGACCAAAGACUUUGAUCCCGAUUGGAUGAUUAACAUUUUCAGUCGCUAUCGAAUCACUCACUUCUUGACAUCGCCAUCAGCCUUAGUUGCUUUACUUCGUAAUAGAGAUUUCAUGCCAUUGAAGAGUGUCAAAGUGUUGAUGGCAAGUGGAUCGAUUCUUUCAAAAGGGAUCAGUCAAGCAAUCGAACCUUUUCUCCCUAAUGGAAUGAUUUCUUCAAGUUAUGGAACAACUGAAGCAGGCUUCCUAGCUGAAUCAUUUAAUUCUUCACAUCGUGCUGGUUCUGUUGGUGUUCCAGCUCCAAAUGUUCAAAUGAAAAUUGUCAAUGAUUUCGGAACAAAACUUGGAACAAAUGAAGAAGGAGAAAUUUGUGUCAAACCUUCAGUUUUGUUUUCGGGAUACUUUAAUGAUGAAGAAAGCACGAAAUCAACGAUUAAAGAUGGCUGGAUAUUUACUGGUGACAUUGGAUAUUUUGAUGAAGAAGGAUUUUUAUUUAUUAUUGAUCGGAAGAAAGAUGUUUUGAAGUUCAAUGGAUAUCAAGUUUAUCCAUCAGAACUUGAAACAAUCAUCAACGAAAUUGACGGUGUGAAGAAAUCUUGCGUUGUUGGAGUUUUUGAACAAGAUAAAGGAAAUGAUUUGAUAUUUGGAUUUGUCGAGAAAGAUCCAACGAAGGAACAACUCAGUGCUGAUUACAUUCUUGAAUACGUCAACAAUAAAGUCAUUGACGCGAAAAUGUUACGAGGUGGAGUUCAAUUUAUGAAGAAUUUUCCAACUUCACCUUCGGGAAAAAUUCGUCGCUUUGAUGUGAAGAAAGUUGCACAAGAAUUUUAUGAUAAAACUAUCAAAAUUUGAAUUUCUUUCAUUCAUUUCUUUUUUAU